UUGAAGUCAGCGGAGUGAAGAAAGGAGUGGAGUGGAAGGACGGAGUUUCCAGCUUUAACUCUUGAAACACUGAUUUCAGACGCUGUUAUUACGCAGACGGGAGCGUUAUAACAUCACUGUAGGUUCUAAUAGAGAUGAAAAAUAAACUUUAGAGGUGUUACGUUGUCGGGGGGCACUCAAAGGUUGACGGGACAGUCCGUUGAGGGCUCAACAUGGAUGUCGGGGGAGCAACGGUUCGGCUCUAAGGAGGAAUUAAGGCCAUUUCUGGGUUAUUUCUGGUUUGUCUGACGGAGCUGAGGAGGAUUUUGAGGCGACAGCCUACUUACCAGGCUUAAACGUCGAUCUGUGAAUUGUUUUGGCUACUAGCAAAGAUGUUAAGACUUUGGAGACGAGAUGUGCCACUCUCAGAGAGGCUCGGGGAGGACUCUCCUCUGGCUGCAGCACCCAGUCUCCCUCUAACUGCUGCCCCUGCAGGCCCAAACAUCUCAUGGCUCCCUGAAGCCCCUCUGCUGACGCCAGACCAACCUAUUUUCCUCAUGACUCCUGCGGCUCAGGCUGUGUCUGGCUUCUUCGUGUGGACGGCACUCAUCCUCACUUGUCACCAGAUCUACAUGCACUUGCGUUUCUACAGCUCUCCCAGGGAGCAGCGCCACAUUGUGCGGAUCCUCUUUAUUGUUCCGAUCUACGCCUUUGACUCUUGGCUCAGCCUCCUCUUCUUCACUAACGACCAGUACUACGUGUACUUUGACACUGUCAGGGACUGCUAUGAGGCUUUUGUGAUAUACAACUUCCUGAGUCUGUGCUAUGAAUACCUGGGAGGAGAGAGUGCCAUCAUGGCUGAAAUCAGAGGAAAACCCAUUGAGUCCAGCUGUAUGUAUGGUACCUGCUGUCUGAGAGGAAAGGCUUACUCCAUUGGCUUCUUACGGUUCUGUAAGCAGGCCACGCUGCAGUUCUGCGUGGUCAAACCACUCAUGGCAAUCAUCACUGUCAUCCUGCAGGCCUACGGCAAAUAUAAGGACGGAGACUUCAACGUAGCUAGUGGUUACCUGUAUGUGACCAUCAUCUAUAACAUCUCCGUCAGCCUGUCUCUCUAUGCGCUCUUCCUCUUUUACUUCUCCACGCGGGAGCUUCUGCGCCCUUUCAGCCCUAUGCUCAAGUUCUUCAUGGUCAAAUCAGUUAUCUUCCUCUCCUUCUGGCAGGGCAUGUUGCUCGCUAUUCUGGAGAAGUGUGGGGCGAUCCCUCAGAUCAACUCAGUGGAGGUGUCCGUUGGUGAGGGUACAGUUGCAGCUGGUUACCAGAACUUUAUUAUUUGCAUCGAGAUGUUCUUCGCUGCACUAGCUCUGCGCCACGCUUUCACAUACAGAGUCUACAUGGACAAGAGUCUAGAUUUGCAAGGUCGGUGUGCUCCUAUGAAGAGCAUCUCCAGCAGCCUGAAGGAAACCAUGAGCCCAGGCGACAUGGUCCAGGACGCCAUCCACAACUUCUCCCCGGCUUACCAGCAGUACACACAGCAGUCCACGCUGGAGCAGGGGGCGCCGCCACCCGUGUCCCGCAUCCACAGCACCGUGGGAAGCCGCGGUGACACAGAGAAGACUCUCCUUCUUAGCUCUGAUGAUGAAUUCUAGAGCUAGAAGCAAAUUUGACUGUUUCAACAGCGAAUGGUACUUCAGUUGGACCAUCCUCUCCAGUCGGGGAGGUUUCACUCUGAGACUGAUUGAUCAUUCAAGGACCUUUCUGCAGAGACAUUUCUGCACCCACAUUUCACAAAGCAUCUAAUUUGGUGCCAACUCUUUGUGGUGGUUUGAUGUUAAAACCAGAAUACGAAGUGUUGUGUCUGUUUUUGGAAACGGUGUGAGUCACACUCAGACGAACUGAAUCAUACUUGACUUUUGUCCUGAGAAGAUGCUUAAAUUCACAUUUCAGCUCAGUCAUGUUUCCUCUGCUCUAAUGUGUUACUCAGUGGCAGUGUGAUUGAAUUUAUGGAUGUUUUUAGUCCUUAAUCUGGGUUAGUUCGAAGGCGUAAAGUCCUUUCUGUUUCCAGAUGUUCUCUCGUUGUCAUGAAACACUUCACAAAGUUGCAUUUGAUUUUUUCUUCAUGAGAAAUUUUUUUAAAGUUAGAUUUAAGAGUUGCACUUUUGAUAUUGUGAACUUUAAACCAGUACCAUGAUAAUAAUUUGAAGUGUACCUAAUAUGCCUCAAAGAGAAGCUGUCUUUUUGAAAGUAGGAGUCACUGCAGUACCAAGUGAAAUAUAAAACUAUUGACAAGAAUAUAUUUAUCUAUGGAGAUUCUGCUCUGUUUAACAUUAAGGGAAAUCCUCUCUGCAGUGUGGGGAUGGAUUUAAAGGGAAUCUAAGUUCAAAACAAAAGUACUGUCAGCCCUAUGGAUCAAUGUUAUUGAUAUUAAUGGAACAGAUGAGAGCGACAUGGAGCAGAUUAUAGAUUAUCACGUGCAUCUGCUGCAGGAUUCCAGCCUGCAGCUGCAGCAGAGUUGGCCGGGAUUAUUCUGGGGUAAUUGGGGCAUUAUUUGAAUCGUGGUUGGGAUUAAAGCUGGAGCUGGUCCGCCCUGGCAGUAGACCUCUGCCGGCCGCAAUGUAGGUUAACUGGAUUGAGGAAAAAACAGCAGAAAUAUAGGUUAAAGCUAACUUUAGCUGGCUGCUCCCAGCAGAAGAGCCUUUUCGCUGCUAGAAAGCCUGCAUGAUUCAAAAUGUAAAAGUCAAACUGAAAUUUGUAUUCUCUUUUCUGAUGUCCCUGAUGUUCUUAAUUGUGAUAUUACACUUUGGAAAAACCUUCAACCUCCUGUGCUGCUUUCUUUUCAGGUUUCAGUGAAGUAUAACACUUUUCUGCAUGGGAAAGAGUUCUUUUUCUCUUAUCUGACAGCUUAAAAUAAACAACCAAACAAUGUAUAUAAGAAUACAAAUGAAAAAAUAUACUUCCAAGUAAAUCUCUUUGCUAAAAAUAACCCGUGCAGUGUAAACGUGCUGCAGUUCUUUGACUUGGACGCCGCUGUGUUCUUCCAGGCAGUCCUCUUUUUAGUUGGAUUCAUCUUCACCGCAGACAGAGCUGCUUAUUUCUUUUUUUCCCCAACAUAAUUGAAGUUCUUGAGUCAUCUGAGUGAGUCAUAGUGAGUCUGCCAACGUGUUUACUGUAACUACUUUCACUGCUCUGUUUGGCCACUUUGAGAACACCAGGGGGUGCUGUGGGGGAGGCAAACACUCUUAUCUCCAAGCAGACAGACAGUACCACUCUUAAGCGUGGUUCACAUGUAACAUGCUUAACAAGCUACAGUCUGGCACUUUGUUGUCUCCUCAUUUCUCUGCCUGUUUUAUUUAGUAAAUAUGUAAAAGCCAGACCUCAGACUGAUGUAAAAGCUGUUUUUAUGUCUGCUUCAGCAUCACAAAGUGUCAGAUUUAUACAAGAGAGGAGCACACAAAAGCAGAGGUCUAUUUUUGGACACGGCUGAGUGUUGUCUGGGUAAUUGGGUUUCUAGAUUUUGACAUGGAUACAAACAGGAUUAUUUUACCCCGGCUGAGCUUCAUCCUGCCGCACAUGAACCUGUACUCUAAAGAAAAAAGCUCUAGCCAAGUACAGUGUGCUGCAUAGUAUAAAAGCAUGUUCAUAUUGAGCCAAGACUGCACCACAGCGCUGGAAUUUUUUGGCUGAAGACAUCAAUAUUUGUCCAGUGAAUCAUCUAUUAAAUUUGGACAUGUCAUCCUGCUGAAUGCAGCUAAUAGCCUCACUUUGAAUGCCAUCACUCUCUUCUAAGCACAAAAACACUCAUCCUCUUCGCUGUUAUCUGGAGACAUGAGUUGAGCUCCUCGGACAUGUAUGAAAAAAGCUGGGGAAGUACUGUAGACUGAGGUUGUAAGCAGCUUUAAGAGCUGUCUAAAGAAGGCGUAGUUGUGACGUAUGUUGACAUAGUUAUGUAUGCUGUAAAGCUGGAGCAGAGGAGGAAAAAAGACUUGUAUUUUUAUUUCAUAACUGUCUUUUUUUAUUUCAGUUACUCUUGUUUUUUUAGUACUUUGUAUAAUUUA